GAGCCACCCCACCCGGAGCCGGCCUGGGGGCGAGCCAGGGCCCCCCCACCCCCAUUCCCGGGAUGACCUCAGCCGGCAGGGCCAACCCCUACAGUAUCGUGUCAUCAGAGGAGGACGGGCUGCACCUGGUCACCAUGUCAGGUGCCAACGGCUUCGGCAACGGCAAGGUGCACACGCGGCGCAGGUGCCGAAACCGCUUCGUCAAGAAGAACGGCCAGUGCAACAUUGAGUUCGCCAACAUGGAUGAGAAGUCGCAGCGCUACCUGGCCGACAUGUUCACCACGUGCGUGGACAUCCGCUGGCGCUACAUGCUGCUCAUCUUCUCACUGGCCUUCCUCGCCUCCUGGCUGCUGUUUGGUGUCAUCUUCUGGGUCAUCGCCGUGGCCCACGGCGACCUGGAGCCAGCCGAGGGCCGCGGCCGCACACCCUGCGUGAUGCAGGUACACGGCUUCAUGGCAGCCUUUCUCUUCUCCAUCGAGACUCAGACCACCAUCGGGUAUGGGCUACGCUGUGUGACGGAGGAGUGCCCUGUGGCCGUCUUCAUGGUGGUGGCACAGUCCAUCGUGGGCUGCAUCAUCGACUCCUUCAUGAUCGGCGCCAUCAUGGCCAAGAUGGCACGGCCCAAGAAGCGGGCGCAGACACUGCUGUUCAGUCACAAUGCCGUGGUGGCCCUGCGCGACGGCAAGCUCUGCCUCAUGUGGCGUGUGGGCAACCUGCGUAAAAGCCACAUCGUGGAGGCCCACGUGCGGGCCCAGCUCAUCAAGCCAAGGGUCACGGAGGAGGGCGAGUACAUCCCGCUGGACCAGAUCGACAUUGACGUUGGCUUUGACAAGGGCCUCGACCGCAUCUUCCUCGUGUCACCCAUCACCAUCCUGCAUGAGAUCGACGAGGCCAGCCCACUGUUUGGUAUCAGCCGGCAGGACCUGGAGACGGAUGACUUCGAGAUCGUGGUCAUCCUGGAGGGCAUGGUGGAGGCCACGGCCAUGACCACGCAGGCCCGCAGUUCCUACCUUGCCAACGAGAUCCUGUGGGGCCACCGCUUCGAGCCUGUGCUCUUUGAGGAGAAGAACCAGUACAAGAUCGACUACUCCCACUUCCAUAAGACCUACGAGGUGCCCUCCACACCCCGCUGCAGCGCCAAGGACCUGGCGGAGAACAAAUUCCUGCUCCCCAGUGCCAACUCCUUCUGUUACGAGAAUGAGCUGGCCUUCCUGAGCCGCGAUGAGGAGGAUGAGGCAGAUGGAGACCAGGAUGGCCGCAGCCCCCAGGUCCGGCAUGACUUUGACAGACCCCAGGCCGGUGGUUGUGGAGGCCUCGAUCAGCGGCCCUACAGACGGGAGUCAGAGAUCUGAGCCACCGUCGGCCAACUUGCAGUAUCCACCCCGCCAGGGAGAGGCCCAGCAUCCAGCAAGGGCCCCGGGUUUGAGCAGAACGGGCCAGGUGCCCCGGUCGCAGACUCAGUAGCGUUUUAGAUGUUUUAUGUUUCUUCACAGUGGCCUGGUAAGGUUGGCGGGAGAGUGGGCGGCCAGUGGGCUGCCCCUGGCCUCAGAGGCCGGAGCAGGUGCAGGGACAGGGAGGUGGCCUUGUGGGGUCCAGUCCAGGAGCCAGAGGCUUCUGCCUGAGGCUAGAACUGCAGCCUGCCCGGAAAACAGCUCAACAGCCACCCAGCCUCUAUGGGCAAAGGCUGGCAGGCUGCAGGGCGCCUCGCUGGUUUUUAACCUAGGGAGAAGCACCAAUUUUGGCUUUCUCAACCUUAGCU